AUGGAGAUCCCAGCCAACAUCAACGAGUUCGAUAUGACUCUGGUCACCAAGAAGACUUACGCUACGGAGGACGUCUGGAGUUCCCACCGCUCGAUGAUAACCAGACUGUAUCGAGAUGAGGGGAAGUCUUUGAGGCAAAUUAAACAAAUCAUGGAACGCGACCAUAGCCUCUACGCUACGUAA